GACUUGUGAUAAACACAGGGGAUAUGCGCACCAAAACGGAAGAAAAAUUAAAUCGUCGCCCGAGAAAGUAACACAAACCUAUAAAGAGUGCUGACAGACUCUCUGUGAAAAUGUCAAAAAAUGCAAACGUCGUAAGGUGUUAGUAAUAAUUAUUCCUCGGCAUAACAAAGCACCUGCCGUUUGUUGGCCAAGCCAGUUUUUUAUUGCGCACGGAGCGAAUGAAAAUCUUUCCGAUAUCAUUUUCCGGUGAAUAAUUAAACGUACCUCAAAACGUUUACUCUAAUUUCACCUUUCUCUCUCGAUAAGGAUAUUCUAUAAGGAACUUAAAACCGGGAAACAUUGCCGUACAAGCCCUUAAACAAAUUGAGCGCAACGCAUUGUUAAGAACAGCAAUUUCCGAACAGCCAAGACUUAAAAGAUCAUGAUAUGACUGCUUCCACGCCUUCAGGCUUAAAGCUGUUCCUGAACCAUACACGCUUAUCGGCAAUCAUGUCUGAGCAAAACUCAGCCUUACCUAACUUAACUACAUCUCCACCAACGACUCAAGCCAGGGAUGGAGAAUCAAUAGAUUCUGAUGACGCGACAUGGAUUCUGACAAGUGCCUUCAUUAUUUUCACAAUGCAGUCUGGCUUCGGUCUCCUCGAAUCCGGCAUGGCGUCAAGAAAAAACGAAGCUAAUAUCAUGGUCAAGAAUGCAGUGGAUGUCAUCUAUGGUGGAUUGUCCUAUUGGCUUUUCGGGUUCGCGCUCAGUUUUGGAAAAGAGCAAAUUGGGAAUGGCUUCCUCGGCUUGGGAUAUUUUCUGACGGACGCAGACGAAAGCGAAAUGGGGCAGGUGUUCUCAAAAUAUUUUUUUCAACUCUCUUUUUCUACGACGGCGACAACAAUUGUUUCUGGAGCAAUGGCGGAAAGAACAAACUUAAAAGCCUACACACUUUAUUCGUUUUUGAACACUUUGACUUACACCCUCCCAGCUCACUGGAUUUGGGCUGACAAUGGCUGGCUUCGGAGAAUGGGGGCCGUAGACAUCGCCGGCUGCGGAGCAGUGCAUUUAGUCGGAGGUGUUAGUGGUCUGGUGGCGACGAUAAUAUUGAAGCCUCGAACGGGAAGAUUUGACACAAAUUCUCCGCCACUGCAAAUGGCCUCUCCGACAAAUGUUCUCCUGGGAACUUUCAUGUUAUGGUGGGGCUGGUUGGGUUUCAAUUGUGGCAGCACAUUUGGAAUAAGUGGCAAGAAAUGGAAACUUGCUUCAAGGUCAGCUGUAGUUACAAUCAACGGCUCUAUUGGCGGAGGGAUAAUGGGCAUGAUGUACAGCUACAUUUUCUUCAAAAAGAAGUUAGAUAUUCCGACGUUUGUGACGGGGAUUUUAGCAGGGCUCGUCAGUAUUACAGCUAUCUGUUCCCUCGCUCGCCCAUGGGAAGCUCUUCUUAUUGGUGCAAUCGGCGCCAUGUUGGCAUGUCCCACAUGUGCUCUUCUUGAAAGGCUCAAAAUCGAUGAUCCUGUCAGCUGUGUACCUACACAUGGCUUGGCAGGGAUCUGGGGCCUAUUGGCUGUUGGCUUGUUUGCUGAGAAAGACAUACUGGAACGUACAUUCUCCAACGAGUUUGGACUCUUCAAAGGUGGUCCUUGGAAAUUCGUGGGAGUUCAAUUGCUUAUGUCCGUUGUAAUGGCUGCGUGGGCCGGUCUCACAACAUUACUAGAGCUACUAUUGGUCGAUCGGCUGCUUGGACUACGCAUGAGCGUUGAGGAUGAGCUACUGGGCGCUGAUAAAGUUGAGCAUGGAAUUGACGAUGACAUUCCCGACCCGAAUCACGAGGAGAAAGAAAGGGAAGGAGACAACAACAUGACAAUAGUAGAACUGGAUCUAAGCGCCUUGGAAAAAGGUGAGAUUGGCACCACUUUGUCCAAAACAGAGAACGGAGGGAAAGAUUCGCGCAAAAUAAUCCGUACCCGAAGGAAACUCCCUCGACUGAAUUGGCGAAGAGCUGUGUCACUGAGAAGCUCUGCAACCAAGAACUCUGGCAAGGGUACAUUUUCAUUAAAAGACGGGUAUAGUAACGGCGAGCUUGCUCAAGAAAACGGAAAUCUGCCGACUUCCACGACGAACAGUAGUGUUUUUCAUACAAGCUAAGACUAGAAGCAGAAAACUUAAAAGCGGAAGUGAAGGGGCUGCUUUUUAAACCCCGCUGUCUGCUUUAUUAAAUUUAGGAGAACGUUUUCCAAUCAAGCAGUUCGUACAACUACGAAUUAAAAUAAGUAAAUAGACAAAUGAAUAAA